UUACGUCAUGUGUGGAUUUCCCCGGGUUGCAACACUCACGGGUCAGGCGUGCGAGCGGUCUCUUCAGCCUUUGAGCGAGAGUGAAGAGAAAGAAGAAAAAGGAAGCCUAGAAACCGCUGAACAGUAUUACCACCUUUUUGUCGACAUCGCUUCAAACAGCUUUGAUUUAAAGAGGCAUUGCAUGCGUUUAAUAACAGACUUCAACUUUUUUUUGCCAGUGUUUGAUUUUAGGCAUUAUAAACUUUAAGUUAAUUUGUUAAACUACUUUUAUAAAACCAUAAACAUAUGAGAAGGCGAUUUUUAAAAUUUUUGUUCGUCAACAAUUUUCUUCGUUCAUAUACUUCACUGGUAUUCUAGAAAUAAGUAAAAUUACUAUCUGUAACUUUAAUUGUGAGGUGUAUCUUCUUCUGCCGUGUAACCCUCAAGUAAUACAACCCGGCAAGUCAAGACAACUUUUCUUUUGCUGAAAACGAGCCGCCUUGAUCGGUCGCCGGCAGGAGGCUACAGUGAAAGACAGAAGGACUGUUUCUCUUGUUUCUGACAUCGGCUGAGAGAUGUCUGCUUCUGCUUCCGAUGCAGACGUGAAGAGCGAGGAAUUCUUGUCAAGUUUGUCGCAGCAACAGGAGGUCACGUCAAGCUGCAAAAACCAGCAGACGCAGGCGGUGUUGUUACCAGGGCAACCGUUCGAGCAACAGCGCACUUUCCUAGUCAUCGUAGACUCGAGCCCGGAUACAUUGAACCUCAUCAGCUUGGAGUCUCUCCAGCCAGAAUCUGGAAUUGUUGCAGACAUUGACGUGGAGAACAUAUUAACUUCUGGGAAGGAAACGUUUUAUGAACUUAAGAGCCAGCCCAUCGCUCAGAGCUCCACUUCCCCAGUCCCACCCGGCACAGUGAUGUCGUCAAGAGUACUUCUGCGGCAGCAGCUCAUGCGGGAGCAGGCCCGGGAGCAGGAACGCAGAGAGGCACAACAACAAGCCUCACAAGCCCAGCUCCGUUCAUCAGACCGCAGCAAUGCAGCCACAUCUGCUGCCAUCAGUGUCAGCACCCCACAGGGGUCCAGACCAGCUCCUGCACAGGUUCCUGUUGAAGUCCUAAAGGUACAAACUCACCUGGAAAACCCCACCAAGUACCACAUUCAGCAGGCCCAGCGCCAGCAGGUGAAGCAAUACCUCUCUACUACCCUGGGUAACAAGAUAGCUAACCAGACACUGGGAGUGUCUCCCUCCCCACAGACUGGCUCUGCUCCAGAGCUGGCCACUGCCACAGGAAGUGCACCCAACAGCCCAAUGGCACUACUAAACAUUGGCUCCAAUUCUGAGAAAGAGAUUGAUGAUGUAAUUGACGAAAUCAUCAGCUUGGAAUCAAGCUACAAUGAUGACAUCAUGGGCUUUAUUGAUCCUGGCCUGCAGCUGUCAAACACACUUCCUGUUUCUGGAACCGUACUGGACCUCUACAACCCUGGGGUGGCAGCCCCAACAAUUACAGUAAGCAACUCAUGUCCAGCAGACUUGCCAAACAUCAAGAGAGAAAUGACAGGUACUAAUGGUGAUGCAGAGGCAAAGGCCUUUAUUAAAGAGCGUCAAAAGAAGGACAACCACAACCUCAUUGAGAGAAGACGGAGGUUCAACAUCAACGACAGAAUUAAAGAGCUGGGGAUGCUUAUUCCUAAAUCUAGUGAUCCGGAGAUACGCUGGAACAAAGGCACAAUACUGAAGGCUUCAGUUGACUACAUACGGAAGCUGCAGAAGGAACAGCAGCGCAGCAAGGAGAUCGAGACAAGACAGAAGAAGCUGGAACAGACCAAUCGCAGCCUGAUGCUCAGGAUCCAGGAGCUGGAAAUGCAGGCCCGUAUGCAUGGCCUUGUCACCCCAAUGACACAGACCCAGCUGGACCUUGGUUCAUCUGAGUCACAAAGUUCUAACCUCCUCUCAGCUACCACAGAUGAUGGUGCUGCAGUCACUGGACCUUCUUCUGCUUUCCUUGCAUCCCUCCCCUCUACAGGAGGGGAAGUCAACUUGACAAGCACUGCACUUGACUUAGACCACCUAAACUUCGGAGACUUGGAGGAUCCAUCAGCUGGAACCUUUCAUCUGGGCCUGACAUCUAAUAUAGGCAUUGAUGACAUUCUUAUGGAUGAUGGCACCCUCUCUCCGGUAGGAGCCACUGACCCUCUACUGUGUGCAAUCUCCCCAGGAGCCUCAAAGACAAGUAGUCGCCGCAGCAGCUUCAGUAUGGAAGAAGAUUCCUGACAUCCAGUUGGUGCUGUGAUUUAGACCUGGCAGUACUUGUUAGAGUUGGUGAGGCAAGUUGUCUUUGCCAACAUAGUGAGGAGAAAUGAAAGAAUAGACUGACUUGCAAAUAUAAUCUACAGGGAAAACUGACCAGCAUUAUGGUUACUGUCUUGAAAGGGACAUGUGCUUAGCCACUGCGAAACUUAGUUCAGAUCUGUACAUCCAUAUAAUUCUGUUAUGUGUAAAAGAAAACUUAAAUGGACACGACUGUAGUGUCAUUUAAGAGUCUUGCUUUGUACAAAAGCAGACAGGAAGCUAAUUGUGUGUCAGUUCCAUUCACAGUUUGUGAGUUGAAGUGAUGUUCUCAAGGGACAGUAACAGAUUCCAAUGCUGUACCACCUGCAUUAGAUAGUCCCGCCAGAGUAGCCAAGGAGUUUUUUUACAAGUUUGUUUAAGCAUAAUUUGCCAAAAGUUGCUUUGUGUGUUGUCUUUUACUGGUCCCUAAUCUUACAAAGGGCCAACAUCAUGUCCCAAACAAUCAGUGUUGCUUCAAAAGUUAAAAUAUUACCUGUGAAAAUUAAGAUGUUUGUAGGUCAAGUUUAUGUAUAUGUUUUUUUUGUAGUGUCUUCCAGAAACAUCAAGAAGGUAAAUUUUUACAACCGCAAACAUUUCUGUAUACAAUGUAACUUGUCGUAACUGCCCAAUCAUUUAUAGCACUGGGCUUUGCCCCCAUCCCGUGUCAACACUGCAACACAUCAUUUUGUCAAACAGAACAUUUCAAUUUUUUCAUGUCUGCACCCACCACUAGGAUGGAUAUGAUUGUUUUUUGAGGCGCAAGUUGAUAUCUUGGGCUUGGCAUGAGGUGUAUGUCUAGUUUCCUCAUAGCUAUGCAGGAUUAAAAAGUUGCAGAAGCAGCAGGUCUCUGUCACCAUAUGGACACCACAUUUAAAUAGUCGCACAACAGUAGAAUAUGCUUGUGAAGAAUCAUUUUACAAAAUUCAAAUUUGAGACAACUGAAAUGUGUAUAUUAUCGAGGUGGAACAUCACUCCAUUCAAAUGUAUGUGUAUGUAUGUAAAUAAUAUAUACACAUAAGUACACUAUAAUGUACUGUGGAGAGAGCAAAACAUGACAGGGAAUCCCAGGACAGACUACAUUUGUGACAGCAUAAACAUAAUAAACACCUGAAAAGAAAGAGAGAGUGAAGGCGAACUCUGUCCUUUUUCAUACUCUUUCAUCUGUAUGUCAGGAUGUGUAUGAACAAACCUACAGGUGUAAGUCAUAGCAAGAGUGCAAUAAGAAACUCUAAAACGAUCCCAUCAUACCAGUACCCUUUUCAGUAAUUUUGUGUGUUAGGUUAAAUUUAUAGUUAAUGACCAUCUCAAAGCAAGAUACUCGCCAUCAACGCUGUCCCAGUCUCACACUUUAUAUUUUUACAGCGGCAUGCUUUCAGAAGACACUGAUCGAAACACUCCAUUGCAUCACUCUUCUCUUGCCCACCUAAACUGACAUGUUUUGAGGACGCCCAUGAGCACACAUGCUGCAUUCCUGUUGGGGCAUCAAAUAAGGUGGUGACUUUGUCAAUUACUUCAUUGAAAGCAUAGAUGUGGUAAAGUGUUCAAUGCAAAACAUCAUAAUGCGGUUGUUGACACAUAUCAGCACAUUUUUUAGACUUCUUAGUCAUUUAUAUACAGUACUAUAGUUUAAUUAUUUCAUUACAUUUCCCUGCAAAACAACAUUUGGCAGAUGAAUCUUAAAUUAUUUAGGAAGCAUGGCAUAUAAUGGAAAGCUUACAGCAGGCUGUUCUAGAUGACAUCAUUGAAUUGUGAAAAUGUACAGCUUUAUGAAGGUAAUCCGUUCCUGAAAACCUCUUUGUAAAGUGAAUUGUCAUAAUGUUAAUACUUAAUUACCAUUAAUAUAAACAGAAAACAUUUUAAGCAUUCACUGACCCCAAAAAAUGACCCUCCCCACCAUUGAUUUGCCCAGAUAAUACCAAAAUACAUGAAACUUUACAGAUCUGAGUUUGUGAACGGGCAUCCCUAACGCCACUGGCUGCAGUGUACCAUGCUUAGAAUAACCGUGAGGAGGAUCGUGUGUUAGCACUAGUGUCGCACCUUUGAAAAAUCGCCCCAGACUUGCUCUUCAUAAUCAUGAGGAAGGGCAUCAAAUGUGUUUUUCUUUGUCUAUCCAGAUUUUUGUGAAGUCCGUACUUAAGAUGUGGUGGUAGUCAAUCUGAAGUUCGUCAGGAACCACAACUGAGAUUGACGUCUUUAAUUUUUGAUUGAUCUGCAUCAAGGAACACUAUGUUUAUGUUACAAAGUUGAUCCAAGCCAGUCCUUCCUCUGCAAAGUGACAUGGCAUGGUUUGUUCAUUGCUGCUUGACAUUAGUUGCUCCUAAAGCACUUCUCUUAGUUACUGAUCACACAUCUGAGCUCAGUGAGGUGCUAUGUAACUCCCUAAGCAUUAUUUAUCUCUGUUGACACCUUUCAUUCUCUGUUGGUUCCUCUUGUAGCUCAGAUGAUAGAUGAUAUUGAAACUGACAUGUUUAAGCAGUUGUGCCAUGACAAACUUUGAGGAGACCGUAGGCAUUCUCUAAAUUCUCUUUGUCCACCUUUUUUGAAGCAUGACAUGUCCUGGUCAAUGCUUUUUCUUUGGCUCUUUACUUCUUAACUCCCACUUUGUUAAAGAAUCAUGAAAUAGCAUCAGAGAUGUUUGAUCAGAUUAGCAAAAUAUUCCACUUUCACACGCAGACCACAGAGGAAAUCCCAUGCCUCCAUUAUACCAGUCAAUAUCUGACUCUGGAUGAUUGUGUUCUUUGGUUUGAUAGGCUCUGUCAUUGGUCUUUGAGAAGUACAAAUUCCAAACAUUUUCCGAACCCACUCAAUCCAAUCGUAGGGUUAUGGGGGGACUGUACCUCCUCAGGAAAUUGGAGGCCCAGAGCCCAUCCUACUAGAUGAUAAAUCACAAACAUCCCAAAGAAAGUCCAUUAUAAUGUGUUUAGUAAAAGACUUUACUUAUUCAGUUGACACCUUUAUCUAAAUGUCAAUUCACACCUACUAGGAUGUUCUCCUUCAGGAAAGCCAUGGACUGAAACACAGUUGGCUGCUAGUUGUUCCUGGUUGAGCUUUUUGUUCUUUGCACAUAUUCAUUCAUUCAAUUGUAGAACAUUCUAGAGUUUUCUGAGUGAACAUACUGCGCAGCUAUCACAUUGAUAGGAAAUAGAGAAGAGGGUUGGGGCUGGUGGGGUGGAGGGGUCAGUUUAAAUGAUCCAGGCAUACAGCAGAUGCAGAUGAAGGUUGUUAGAGGAGGUUCUUGGCAUAAUUAUUGGUAAUGCAAUUCCAAGGACCGUCCUAGACAAGACCACUACAAAGAGAAGACGACACGGCUUACAGUCAAAACUAGGAUGAUAAAUGAGUAAAGGGUUGUGUUAAGACCCUGUCUUGCUGACCCAAAUCAUUUUUUUUUUGAGGCCUGUCCUUAUUCAUUGCUGGGUGUGUGACUCUUCAUGCCCUGCUUCUUUAAUGUGGCCAUUUUCCCUUUCAGGGGACGGCAUGUCUAAACCCUUAUCUUAACAUUCACAUUUUCUGAAGCAGGGUGUGUGAGAUACAUUGACGGUGGGGCCUGACAGAUCCUCCUAAAAGGAUUAGCAUCUGGAGAACCGUUCAGUGCAGUGACAUCCGAGGUGCCACCUGAGUUAUUGUUGCCACUUGUACUUCUUGGUACAUUUGUCUGGCAGAUUUUAUUUAAAGGGCUCUUUGUGGUAUAUUAAGGUAAAGUCGGUGAUGUGAAGGAUGCUGUGUGUUCCACAGAGGGUCUCUUAAUGUCCUCAAUACGUCCGAGUACAUUUCAAAGGUGGGAUGCUAUGUUGGCACAAUUUUGCAGGCAAAUGGUGAAAUUCGGCUUCAGAGUGGCAGCUAAGCAGUAAGUGAGGCUGCUUCAGCGUCCCUUUAUUGUCCUGUCCUCUGUGUUCUGUUCUGUUAGCCCCUCUUGCUGGUUGAUGUGUGGUAGCAGGGUGCUAUAAUCAUGAGUCAAAUGUAAUAAUGACAUAUUGCAUUGUUUUUCUUAUGUAUUGUCUUAAUUUUAUGUAGGACAGUAGUCUUGGCCACGUUGGCACUCUUGGUGACCCUUCUGUAGAGCAGCUUUUAUAUACAGAGUGGCUUCAGGAGAUCAGUAACACUCCUAAAUUGUCAAACCUUGGAUUUUACAAGUCUUUGUACUUUUUUUUUUUUUUCCUUUUAUAGUUCACUCAUCAGGGUGAUCAGUUUAUGUCAUACAUGUAUUUACGUAUGCAUUGAUUUCCUGCUUUUUUAUCAUAUACUGCCUUAGUCAGUCACUGGGCGCCCAUGUUUGGUUGGAUAUUAACACUUUCUAGAGAUAUUAAAGGGAAAGUGUUGUUUGACGAUCAAGAACGGUGUGGUCUCCUCUGAAGGGGCAGUAUAAUAACAGCUCUUACAAUCCCUUUAUGAAAGUCAGAAUUUAUCAUUUUUAUUGCCAUUUAUUUGUUCUGGUUUGUCUUUUUUUAAGAAUUUUAUUAUUAAAAUUAAGAUGUCAAAAAUGAGAAAUGUGAACA